AUGAAAAGGUUUAUCAAACCAUCAAACCUGGCUACAAAAUACCCUAAAUUAUUUAAUUGGGAACCUGAAGAUCAUGGUUUAUCAAAAGGUUUUGCCAUGACUAACUUCACAGAAUUAAAAGGAUGUGGAUGUAAGGUUCCAUAAACAUAAUUGUUGAAAUAUUUAGGUCAGAUUGGUAGUGGUGAUAUUGGAAAGGAAACACCAGAUGUUUCUGUUUUUCCUGUAAAACAAACAAAGGAUUUUCAUACUAUUUCAACAAUUGAUUAUUUCUACCCUCUAGUAGCAAAUCCUUAUGCAUAAGGUAGAAUAGCUUGUUGUAAUGUUUUGAGUGACCUCUAUGCUAUGGGUGUAACUCAAGUUGAUACAAUGCUAAUGGUAUUAGGUGUUUGCACCAAAAUGACAGAAGAAGAGAAACAAAUAUCUACAUCACUUAUGUUAUAAGGUUUUAAUGAUUGUGCUAAAGAAGCAAAAACAUCUGUAACUGGAGGAUAAAGUGUUUAGAGUCCUUGGCCAUAAAUGUAUUAAGUUUAUUUAUUAUUUUUAGAGGUGGUGUUGGAAUAGCUUCAAAUCAUAAAGAUGACUUUAUAAUGCCUAAUGGUGCAGAAGCAGGUGAUUAUUUAGUUUUAACAAAACCUUUGGGUGUUUAAUUAGCUGUAAAUACAUAUUAAUGGAUGACCACUAUGCCAUAGAAAUGGGAUGCAAUUAAAGGAUUAACAAAUGAAAAAGAAAUUAAUGAAGCAUUUGAUCAUGCAACUAAAAGCAUGUGUACAUUAAAUGCUGCAGCUGCAUCAUUAUUUAAAAAACAUAAAAUUAAAGCAUCAACUGAUGUAACAGGAUUUGGAAUUUUAGGACAUGCUAAAUAUCUGGCUAAAGCUUAAAAUAGAAAAGUAUAAUUUGUUAUUGAUAAAUUACCUAUCAUUCAAAAUCUAUAUAAAUUAGACAAAAAGGCUAGAGAUUUUAGAUUUUUAGAAGGUUUUGCUGCUGAAACAUCUGGAGGAUUACUAUUAGCAACAAAAGAUCCUGAAUCAUUUCUUAGAGAUUAUAAAAAAUUAAUUGGAGAAUGGGGUUGGGUAAUUGGUAGAGUUGAAAAAAGUCAAGAAAGAGAUGCAAUAAUUUCAAAAGAUGUAAAAAUACAAGAAAUUUGA